GAGGAGGCGGGGGAGCGCUGCGAUCGCCCAGGCAACGUGGGUCGCACCAAACUAUUGGCUGGUCUUCAGCUACGACAUUGUCCUCCUCGCAGCGUCCGCUCCCGGAACCUCCAGGGCACGGCCUCUGCGAGAGGUCAAGCCCGGUCCGUCCGGAAGCAAGGUGGGGACGGGAGUGCCAGCCAGGCUUGCUCCGCGACAGGGUCCAGGCCUGGAGUGAGGGAAUCGCAGAGAGCGUUGCUGACGAUCUUGGAGCUGAGUUGAAGCAGACAGUUUUGACGUCACAGCCACCCUCCUCCCUAGAGAUGUGGCCCGUCCCCUGGCGAGUCGGAAUCCUUUAAAUGUUCGGGGUUACAGGGGCGGGGAGGGCGAGUCGGGCGUCUCCUGGCGACAGGAGGGUGGCUCCGCCCAGCCAAUCCGUGCCCCGUGGCGGGCAGGACUCCAGCCAAUGGCGGCUCGCGGUUCAACCCGGGGAGGAGCUGGGUGCGCCGGAGGCCAGACGGAGAGGCCCAGGGGAGGUGAGCGGGGCUCCUACUUAGAGCUAGAGGGUCGCUAGACAGCGGAAGUUUCAAGAGGUGGUCCUCGCGAACCUGGCAGCCAAGGCACCAUGGUAGGAGGCUUGAAGAGGAAACACUCAGAUCUGGAGGAGGAUGAGAAGUGGAACUGGGGUCCGGCAGGCCUGCGGAGCUACCAGCAAGCCCUGCUCCGCAUCUCCCUAGACAAAGUCCAGCGAAGUCUGGGCCCCCGAGCACCGAGCCUCCGCAGACAUGUCCUUAUUCACAACACCCUCCAGCAGCUCCAGGCCGCGCUUUGCCUGGCUCCUGCUCCUGCUCUGCCCCCCGAGCCCCUAUUUCUGGGCGAGGAGGACUUCUCCCUGUCGGCCACCAUUGGCUCUAUUCUCAGGGAGCUGGAGACCUCCAUGGACGAGACUGAGCCCCCUCAGAAUCCAGUGGUUCCUGCAGCCCCACAGCAUGAAGUGCUGCCCCAGCCAGAUCCAGUCUUCUUAGAAGCUCUGAGCUCCCAGUACCUGGGGGACUCUGGUCUAGAUGACUUCUUUCUGGACAUUGACACAUCUACAGUGGAGAAGGAGCCUGUACUGGCCCCACCGGAGCCUCCUCACAACCUCUUCUGUGCCCCAGGAUCCUGGGAGUGGAAUGAACUAGAUCACAUCAUGGAAAUCAUUCUGGGAUCUUAAAACUUGGAUGGGGGCUCUCAUCUCAGCCUUGGUGGCUCGAUCUCUGGACGCAGCUGUGUGUGUGUGUUUUGUUGGGGGCUCUCAGCAUUGCCUGUGGCCCCCUUUCCUCCCAUUUCAGGGUUCCACAAACCAUCUUGCAUGUGUGUGUGUGUGUCUGGUUACCACAGCCUUCUGUGAAGGUGGGUCUUCCAGAAUUAAUUUAUCUGUCCAAAUGCCUUAACAUGACUCUGUUUCUGUGAGUCUGAUUUCCCACUUCCACAUUUCUAAGGCCUUUCCCUCCAGUUUCUACUCCCCUUGUGACCACUGGGGCCUCAGGGAAGAUAAAGCUGGGCCUGUCAAAGAUGACAGGGAUGUGCUGCCUGGUUGCUAUGGAAACCCUGGCUCUGCCUCUUGCACCUUGAGGGAGUGGGAGAGGCUGACCUCCUCCCCCCAGGCUGAACUCCACGUCCUUGGCAGGACCCCAGUCCCAGCAGCCUCCCGAUUCAUAACCAGGCCGGACCACGUGCAAUAGGGUGGAAACCAAACUGCUCCAUGCCACAUAAUUUAAGAGAGAGGUGGGUUUUGUGGUGGCUUUUUUUGUGUGUGUGGUUGUUUGUAAUUAUUUUUUUUAUAAUAAAAUAUUUUGGAAGGGG